AUGAACACCGACAGGCAGCAUCAAAGGGAAGUGAGGGUAAAACCAGUAAUAAGGGAACGUGUACACUUCCCUUCGUCUUCCUCCCUGUCCCAGGAACGGUUUCUGGCACAGGAACCGGCAGCAGAUUUUGCUUUAUUCCUAGCCCUUGUGGUAGCCGUUCUGCGCUUCAUACAGCUGAAACCAAAGGUUUUAAACCCAUGGCUGAAUAUUAGUGGAUUGGUGGCGCUGUGUCUGGCUUCCUUUGGAAUGACCUUACUUGGUAAUUUUCAGCUCACUAACGAUGAGGAAAUCCAUAACGUCGGAACUUCCUUGACCUUUGGGUUUGGCACGUUGACCUGCUGGAUCCAGGCUGCACUGACACUGAAAGUCAACAUCAAGAAUGAAGGACGGAAAGUUGGAAUUCCGCGAGUUAUUCUGUCAGCAUCUAUCACUCUCUGUGUGGUCCUCUACUUCAUCCUCAUGGCGCAGAACGUCCACAUGUACGCGGCCCGGGUGCAGUGGGGCCUGGUCAUGUGCUUCCUGUCCUACUUCGGCACCUUCGCCGUGGAGUUCCGCCACUACCGCUACGAGAUCGUCUGCUCUGAGUACCAGGAGAACUUCCUAAGCUUCUCGGAAAGCCUGUCGGAAGCCUCCGAGUAUCAGACCGACCAGGUGUAACCCGUCGGUUUGUCCUCGCGGUGAGGUGGGUGUGAGGGUGGGGGACGGGCGAGGGGACACGCUCACAGGGCCUGACAUGUGACCUCAUGACCAUCUCACACACGCACGUUCACGGCCACGUUUGCCAAACGAGCUUUUCAGGGCGUGUUAUUUCUGUAGUGAGAAAGCACAAGCCCUCACGUGUGGAACACGGGCUGUCACACUGUCACACCGAAACUGCACGCAGGACGGAGCAAGCAGCUUGUGCAUGAGCCUCCCUUUUCCCUCCCUCUGCCGGUCCUCCCUGCUCUGCUCGUUCCCUCGACUUCGCAAACGCCGUGAUGGCCGGGCCCACAGAGCAGGGCGGGCCACACGCCACAUGGGAAGAAGGCCACUCCCGAAGUCGCCUCCAGGCCCGAAGGGCUUGGAGCCAGCCUGUGGGGGUGUCUGCAUCUGGCGCUAACAUUCGUGGAGGGAUGGUGGCGCAUCACCUAAUGGGAUGGCAACCGUUUUGCGACGUGACCCUGUGCAGCCUGUGCAAAGGCAGGACCGAACUUUCCCGCGAAAGCUCCUUCAGCGCCGGUCAGCUGUGUGGCUCCCAGGAAAGGAACGUGCUGGAUUGCGCGGGUGAGGCCCACCACCAGGAUUCGGACUCGAUUCGCUGCGGCUGUGAAAGAUUCCCAACUGUGAACGCUUGCAGGGCCAUUGUCUGCCAGGCAUGGAACAAGAUGGGGACCGCAGGGUAUGGUUUCGUUUUUGCCUCCGUACUAUGCCAUGUACAGUUUUUGUUUUGUAUUUCAUGGUUUACCUUUUUUUUUUUCCUUGAAGUAACCAUAAUCCCGUGGGUCUCUCUAGGCCUCAUGGACAAAGAUGACACAGAACAAAUGCGAGGGCUGAGCUUGCUCUGGGUUCAGCGUGAUCGGGGCGGGCCGGGGUGGGGGCAGGUCACCUGCAGGCUGAUUUUGCUGCUUUUCUGUGUGAGGCUAAGAAAGCAUUCACAGAAGAGAACAAAGGAACAGGAAUGCGUGCAGGUAAUAAAAAGAGCUCCUGCUGCGUCUUUAUGAAAGAAAAGAGUUUUAGAGCAUCCGGUUCAAAGUUCAACUCAAGGGAGACUUUUGUAACAUUUAUCUAUUGCCCAAAUUUAGGUUUUUUGGUUUUGAUUGAGGGUUUUUCAAAUUUGGAACUUGUAGAAUACCCUUCCCAAAAACCGAAUCGAUGAAGGUGGUCCCUACUGCCCCACCUGCUGGGCGUGCAGAGCUCAGGCGGUAGGUGUGGGCUUCUCAAGCUGUGCUCCAUGACAAAGAGCAGAAUUCCAAAUUCAAAAUGUGUCGGAGCCCAGGUGACAGACCCUCCGUGAGUGCACUUUGUCUCCAGAAAUUCCCAAAUCGACUUCAUGGAGGCCUGGGAUUUCAGGGACUAUAAUGUGAAAAACAUUUUUUAAUUCAACCCAAAGUCUGAGCUUCUUGAGGGAGGGGUCAAUGUCUUUUCGUGUCUGUAUUUAGCCCCACCUCCUAGCACAGUGCCCGGCACAUACUAGGUGCUCAGUAAACAUCUGUUGAACAGCAUCAUUGAUAAUUCAAGAGUAGGACAAAGGAGUGUCAGAGAGACUCAAAGAUGAGGGAGACAGAUUGGAAGGUGGCGGUUUCACGGGAGACAGGACUGAAGAAAUCACGGCCAGGGGUCAGAUGGCGGAGCGGAAACACCUGGAAGGUUUAAAUGUGAGGAAAAGGAUCAAGCUGAGCGUAUUCUCCUAUUAAACAGGCAUCUUAUUGUAAAUAGUCUAAAGUGACAUUUAUUAGU